AGUUUUCAUCCCUGAUGUAUUUAUCCUAUUGCCUAUAGAUGGGCAUUAUAUAAUCCAGGAGCCGCACCCUAAUGGCCUAACAACCAGAACUCCCCAAUCCCAGUUUUCUCUUUGGGCAAGGAUAUCUCGAAGCAAUGGUGGGAGACGCCCACGUGCUUCAGACCUUCAGCAAUUCCAAUUGCAGUAACCAUAACUCGAAGAAAGCAAAAGAAAAGAAGAAGAAGAAGAAGAAGCGUGGUGGGAGCAAGAAGAAGAUGACCGCAGAGCAGACUCUGGCGUUCAAGUCCGUGAGUGAAUGGGUGUUCUUGGAUCAGCCUUCUUCAUUGCCUUCCUCUGCUGCGUCCUUUGUUUCGGAUGACUUUGGAGUGCAGAAGGCUCUUGGACAAGGUGGGGAGAAGUUGGUGUUCGAACUGCAUUCGCAUUCGAAAUUCAGCGAUGGGUUUUUGUCGCCCCUGAAGCUGGUUGAGAGAGCUCAUGGAAAUGGGGUAAACGUUCUUGCUCUAACAGAUCAUGACACAAUGUCAGGCAUCCCCGAGGCUCUAGAAGCUGCUCGAAAAUUUGGAAUCAAGAUAAUUCCAGGUGUUGAAAUCAGUACAAUAUUCUCUCCAAGUGCUGAGUCUGAACUAGAGGAACCAGUGCACAUCCUUGCAUAUUAUAGUAGCUGUGGACCAACAAGGUCUGAGGAGCUGGAGAAGUUCUUGGCCAAUAUAAGAGAUGGUCGUUUUGUCCGUGCAAAGAACAUGGUGUCAAAACUGAACAUGCUUAAGCUACCUCUUAAGUGGGAGCAUGUUGCCAGGAUAGCAGGCAAGGGAGUUGCUCCCGGGAGAAUGCAUGUGGCCCGUGCUAUGCUUGAAGCGGGUUAUGUGGAAAAUCUGAAACAAGCGUUUGCCCGAUAUCUUUUUGAUGGUGGACCUGCUUACUCUAUGGGAAGUGAGCCUCUUGCAGAGGAAGCAAUACAAUUGAUAUGUAAUACGGGGGGUAUGGCCGUUCUAGCUCAUCCAUGGGCACUAAAGAAUCCUGUUGCCGUUAUCAGGAGGCUGAAAGGGGCUGGCCUUCAUGGGAUGGAGGUUUACAGAAGUGAUGGAAGACUAGAAGCAUACAGUGACCUAGCAGAUGCUUAUGGUCUAUUGAAGCUUGGAGGAUCAGAUUAUCAUGGAAGAGGUGGGCAGGGGGAGUCUGAACUGGGAAGUGUGAACCUACCGGUAUUGGCUGUUCGUGACUUCCUUGAGGUAGCUAGACCAAUUUGGUGCGGGGCCAUCAGGGACAAUUUGGAGAGUUAUGCCGAGGAGCCUUCUGAUUCAAAUUUAGCAAGGAUAAUGAGAUUUGGGAGGACCCGGAUUUUUAAAGGAGGUUCCCCCUUAAGCUGCGGCAAGGACUUAAUUGAUCGUUGCUUGUCUUUGUGGUUGACAAAUGAAGAGAGGCAAAAUGCAGAGUUUGAUGCCAUCAGGUUGAAGCUUUCCAACAUCUCUAUCAAUCAGCCAGGCAUUCAGGUUCCUAUUGAGAGCAUAUGAUUCUGAGUUGUUUAUCUGAACUAAUUUUCUUCCCCGGCCAUGAUAUUCAUUCCGUUCAUCAAAUUUCUUGUAUUUUCUAUUUUUCUUUUUUGGGCAAGGGACCAGAUCAUUUUCACUUCUUCCUUUUUGGUAGUUCUGCAUUCAUCUGCAAAGAUAUAACUGAUUACCAUUCUAGCUAUUCCAAAUUUAUUUUUAAA